AUGUCUGGUUUUUUAAAUUUAAAUCAAAUUGCGCAACUUUUGGAAGACGAAGAUAAAGAAUCUGAUUCAGAAACCGUCCAAAACACCACAACAACAUUCUGUGACGAUGAAGACAUUAGUGAUUGUGAGGAAGCGGAGGUAGUCAGCUGUUCUGAAGAAAGUACAUUAGGUACAGAUUUGGAUUCUUCAAGUUCAAGCAGUGAGGAAGAAGAAGAAACUAUACAAACUCUUGGUUUUUAUAGGGGUAAAAAUAGAUACAAGUGGUCUAAAAAUCCACCUAGCUCGUCCCGGGUAAGACAACACAAUAUAAUCACACAUCAUCUGGGCCUCGCAGGAGAAGCGCGUGAGAAAAUGAAUAUGACGGAAACUGAAUCCUGGCAAUUGCUGAUUCCUGAUGAUCUGAUCGAAAUUGUGUGUUUGCACACAAACGAAAAAAUUACUGAAUUUACUGAGAAGUAUAGCAGCCAAGGAGCGCAUACUGAUCAUGUAAGUUUAUUAGAAAUGAAGGCAUUUUUUGGACUUUUGCUACUUGCCGGUGUUUUCAAGUCCGGACAUGAGGAUGUUGAUAGUUUAUGGGCUACAGAUGGCACAGGUCGCGAUGUAUUUAGAGUCACUCUCUAA